AUGCAUGGACUUUCGCGUCUUACAAGAUUCGGCACCCUUGGGCUGACAUAUCAUCGUCAUUUCAUUCGUUCCCAUGGCACCCUACAGCACAGUCUUCGGGUUCUCGAUGCACCGCAUAUUUCUUGGGCUCGUGAUCCUGGACAUGUUUACGAAGUUGUAGCAGAGCUUCAGACUUCCGGUCUGCUCAAGAUCCGUCUGGGCUUUCCCGAUGACUCUUGUGACUACCUUCGGGAUCUUAUCCUGAGUAUGCACAAACAACAGGGUCAUAGCUUGCCAAUUGCUCACAGUGCGACAAAAGGCUGGUUUUGGGAUGUGCGGCCUAAACCAGCCGCUCAUACAGGAGCUCAUCAUGCUCGGUCUGAAACUAUGAGUGAGUUCUCAUGGCACACCGACUGUAGCUAUGAGGAUCCACUGCCGAGAUACUUCGCGCUCCAGGUCCUACAACAUGAUCGGUAUGGAGGUGGCACACUGUCUGCGAUGAACGUAGCUAGCCUCAUUAAGUUCCUAUCAUCGGAAACACGAAAAGCCUUGAUGGCACACGAGUUCCGGAUGAAAAUUCCACCCGAGUUCAUCAAAGACCCCGAGAAAUCAUUUAUUACUGGCAGCAUUCUCGCCCCAGAUCCCCACUCGAAUAUUAUUCGCUACAGAGGGGACAUUAUUACGCCACUGACCACUCGGGCAGAGCAAGCACUGGAAGAGCUGAGAGCAGUAUUGGUGCGACGUGAAGUGCAGGCCCACUCAGCGAUGAAUCUGAGGUCGUCCGACCUGCCAAAGGGGUCAAUUCUCUUGAUGGAUAACCGCCGAUGGAUGCAUGCGCGGAAUGAAAUCAACGAUCCCGAGCGCCACCUUCGGAGGGUCGUUCUCGGCUACAUUGAUCGCUGUCAUUCGAAGGAUCUCUUAUUUCUCGGGGGCCGUUGGGCACUCACGAUGUCUCCCAGCCCGGCAUACUCGUUGGUAGACGUGCUUGCUGUUGCAAAAAUGCACCCAUUCUAUUGCUCAGCUCAGUAUCCACCAGAUGAAGAUGCCAUUCAGGAUGCGAGGGAGGAAGCAGCACAGAAGUUCGAACAGUUUGAUCUAAAAGCAUGGCCACUGCUACUGAAAAAUGAUUUGUAUACCGUGAUUGAGCGGCUUAUUAACGACACCGAUCCAAGGAACACCUAUCGCCAUAAUGUCUACACCAGCGUUACGGGCGGAGGUGGCGGUGUAUCGAAGCCUUUGUUCUUCGCGACAGAUGCGUUUGAGAAUCGUCGGCAUAGGGCCCUCUUUGGCGAGUUCCUUAAGAAGAUUGGCAUCAUUGAACGUGGGGACUGGGUCCUGUCGACCCAUCAUGGCGGCAGCUUGUACAGAUCACUUGAUCUAACACUGGAGAUUCUAGAAAAUGCUGGAGCUACUGUGCUAGCUGCUGGGCAUCAAUGCCCACCUCCCACUGUGGUACAGAUACUGCAAGACUUCAACGUCAACGUCCUCGCCGGCGACAGCAGUCAGAUCAUAUCAAUUGUCCACCAGAUAUCAACCAUGUCAGACAUGAAGAAGCGGAUCAAGAUCGGAAAAGUGAUCUACACGUCCGAAGGGCUUUCAAUUAUACAAAGAGCGCAAAUCUAUGAAGUGCUUGGUCCGGUAAUCAUAUACUCCAUACUCGGAGGUGCUGAGGCUGGGCCGUAUGGAGCAAGCAGCCCGUUUCUUGUGGAUUUCGAUCCUGAAACCAACUGCAACGACUUUAUAAUCGAUACAAGAAUGACAGUUAUCGAAGUUUUCCCGCUUUCUUGCACUGCGGGUGAAAGCGGCUGGAUCGCCGAGCCACUGCCAGACGGAGAAACAGGUGUCAUUGCACAAACGGUACUGACACGUCUGCGCCAUCCUGUCAUACGUUACAUAACUGGAGACAUAGGAUCCCUCCAUUCCCUACCACACAAGGCCGUUGGUCGCAUUGCCAAACAUGAUCUGCGUCAUUACCGAGUUCUCCGCCUACGGGGCCGCGACCAUCGCUUCAGCUUUAUGUGGGAUGGAUGCGACUUUCAGUUCGGCAAACUGAAUAAGAUCUUAUCUGAUCCUCAGUCGGGAGUUCUCUUGUGGCAGGUGAUACUAGAGAAGAUGCAACCGUCACAAGAAAUUUCGUUGGAGAUUCGUCUGCUGAGCGGCCAGAGCUCGGGGGAUACUGUGCACUUGCAAACCCUUUUGGACCCUCUGAAGGCAUAUUUAGAUGUCAGUGUUUCGAACGAGCACAAAUUCAAGAUCACUUUUGUAAGUGAUGUUCUUGGGUUUGAGCUGAGUGAGACAGGCCGAAAGGUUAUUCGCAAAUCAUCUACUCAGAAAUGUCAGGAUAUUCGCUACCAUAAGUUGUGA